CAGGAGAGAGGAAAAAAAGCUACACCCCUCUUUCGACCACUCUAACCGAAGGGAGUGUUGUGUGUUUGAGAGUGUGUGACAAGAACGAGCUAGAGGAAAAACUUCGCCAAGCUACUCCGCGAACUUUGCUACUCUUGUGUACGCACUGCGCGUGCACAACUAGAGUCACAACGGAACUUUGCGCGAGACGGACAGCAGUUCACGCGCCAGACAAGAGAAUGAGGACUGGAUCUGUGUGCAGACUGUGUGCAUUUUGGUGUGGUGUGUUGCUUGUCCUGACUUCAACAAGAGCUGAUACAGCGGAGAAGCCGGUAUCUGGAAGGCAUUCUCGUCAGGUAGAGGAGGAGGGGCUUGAAGGAGUGUGGGGUCCAUGGAGUGAGUGGGUGGAGUGUUCUCAGAGCUGUGGAGUAGGAGUGUCUGAGAGGGGGAGACAAUGCAUGCCACCGCCCCAAACCCCACCCCUCAUCUGGAACAGGCCAGCAUACCUGCCCCCAGGUUUCCCAAACCACACCCCUGUGAUCUCUGCUGUCAGGCCCUACUACAACUCUAUGUAUCCUGGCAACGAGCCCCCUCCAUAUGGAGCAGGAGCCAAUCAGAAUCCUGGAUUACCCCUCUACCGAAAUGAAGCUGGUAGUGCUGGGCCUGUGCAAUUUGGCCCUUCCAAUCAGGAGCCAGGACCACUUCCGUACAGUCAGCAUGGAAGAGUUCCCGUACGAUCGUCUAGUCAUGCAGGAGGAAGAGCUGUCGGCUCUGGCAGCAGGAGGUCUAGUUCUUCUAUACGUCCUGGACAGUUUGGGUAUGGCAGGGUCCCCUUCUCUCUCCCCCUACACAGACAAAACCGGCAUGUGCACAACACAGGCCGCCACAACAACAACACCACCACAGACAGUCUCGUUGCUAUUGUCAUUAAUUCCAACUUUCGUGAAGACAAAAUAGAGGUAGAUGUAGAAAGAAGUAACACAGAGGCAGCCAAGAUCAACAGAGAACAAAAAGAAAAGAGAAGAGAGAAAGAUAUGGAGGCAGUUACCAUGACAACAGAUGCUGAGAGGAGUGAUAUUGCAGCAGAGGGACCAAGUGACGGCAAGACACCCAGAUGGGCAGAAAGAACGCGGGAACGAGAGAGAAUCGCCCAUUUCCGGUCCUCGACCCAGAGACAAAGCCCAGCACACGCAGCUCGUGACAAACGCAUCGACGGACGCGCUUCUCGACAAGUCCCACACUCAUACUCACGCAUUAUCCACCGAGGACACACUCCCAGAGACCCUCCUCCCUACAGCCUGCCUAUGCCCCUCAUCCAAACACCCACAAACCCCAACCCCGAACCAUGGGUCCUGCACAACGGCUCCCAGCCACCCAGAAAUGAAGCAGAGAGGGGCUGGACGCCACCAGCGGCUCCUGGAAACUACAGGUGCUCUGGCAAGGACAGAGAGUACCGCAGGUGCAGUCUACAGGCAUGUCCAGGUGCUGCAGUAAACUCCAGGGCUGAGCAGUGUGCAGCGUUCAACAGACAGGAGUUUAUGGGACGCGUGUAUGACUGGGAGCCUUUCACAGAAGUGGGUCUGGAGCAGCAGUGUGAGUUGACCUGUCGGCCCAUCGGUUAUCGUUUCUAUGUCCGGCAGGCGGAGAGGGUACGAGAUGGAACUCCGUGUGCUAAUAACACACCCAAUGACGUGUGUGUGGGAGGACGCUGUCUGAUUGAGGGUUGUGACGGUGUGUUGGGCUCCGAGUUGGUUCGGGAUCGCUGUGGUGUGUGUGGAGGUGGAGACGGAACCUGCAAGCGCAUCACCGGAAGUUUCCUGAACACAAGUGUUCCUCUGGGUUACCACAAAAUCCUUGACAUCCCACCUGGAGCUACGGCUAUUAACAUCACAGAGAGAAGAGCCAGUCCAAACUACCUGGCCCUGCGCAGUGGAACAGGUCAGUCUGUGGUGAACGGACGCUGGGCGGUCGAUCCGACUGGAGAAUAUCAGGCAGGAGGGACCACCUUCAUGUACAGCCGCCCCAAAGCUGGGCCUCACGAGCAGGAAGAAGAGAGAGGAGAAUCCCUUGCUGCACCGGGACCCACAACUGCCCAGCUGCAGCUAUAUAUUAUUUUCCACAGGCAGAAUCCAGGCAUAGACUAUGAAUAUUACAUCCCAGUGGAGAAAAAGAGAGACGAAGAGAGAGAGUUACAGAGAGAGAGGGAGAGGGGACGGGCGGCGCUCCGAGAAAUCAGUGCUCUCUCAGUUCCCAUUGAAAACCCCAUUGUUCCUCCCCCUGUGUCGUCUUCUGAUGCCUCUCCUUCAUUUUCAUUCCCUUCCUCUUCCUCCUCAUCUUCCUCCUCAUCUGAUCGAUGGCCAGCAGAGAGGCCCCGCCCACAGGGUGCAGGACCCAAUCGUAACGCUCGGAUCCCUCCACGCACAGACCUUCCAUUGGAUAAUCAGCCACCGUUCGUGUGGCGCAGAGGGCCGCUCACUGAAUGCACUGCUUCCUGUGGCAAAGGCUCUCAGUACAGAGAUAUUGUGUGUGUGAACAGAGACACAGAACAGGAAGUUAAUGAGAGAAGGUGUGACUCUGCAACUAAACCAACCCCAGAGGAAGAACCAUGCAACGUCCAUCCGUGUCCACCGUUCUGGGAGACAGGAGGAUGGUCAGAGUGUAGUAUUUCCUGUGGCUGGGGUGUGCAGCAGCGUCAGAUACAGUGCAGACAAAGUUUUGGGAAUCGUUCUACGAUGGUUCAACCGCAACGCUGUGCAGGUCUUACCCGGCCGAACGCCACACAGCCCUGCCACCCACGUGUCUGCUCCCACUGGGAGAUCAGCACCAACUGGAGCGCGUGUUCAGUGGAUUGUGGAGUAGGAAAGAGAACCCGGAGUGUACGCUGUGUCAGUAAACAUGGUAACAUUGUGAAUGACAGGGAGUGCAAUGACAGGCUCCUCCCACAACGAACUGAAGACUGUCACAUGGGUCCCUGUGUCACUAACUGGUACUUCACUGAUUGGACACACACUUGCUCUGCGGCAUGUGGACCGGGUGUCCAGAGGAGAGAGGUGGUGUGUCUGACCAGAGGAGGCAGGAGAGAAAAAAAUCUAGGAGGAGAGUGUGUGGGGGAGAAACCGGCUGAUAUGAAGGCUUGUAACGGGGGACCCUGUACAUCCACACAUCUCUGGUACACUGGACCCUGGGUACAGUGCAAUGCAGCAUGUGGGAACGGCACCCAGCGCAGAGACAUCAUCUGUGUGAAAAAGACAGGCAGUGAUUUUACAGUGAGCAGUGCCAGUGAGUGCUCACACCUGGACAAACCGUCUCCAGUGCAGCCGUGUGAACUGCAGCCCUGCAGACCGCGGUGGUUCAUCACUGAAUGGAGCACGUGCUCUCGUUCUUGUGGUGAAGGUAUGCAGACAAGAGAGGUACGGUGUCUCACAGUAGACAAACAGCACAGCACAUCAUGUGAUCCCGACGCCAAACCUGCACUGGAACAGCCUUGUAAUACAAUUCCCUGCAGUCCAUUUGAAGAUGAGAACUGCAAAGACAGACGGCAUAACUGUGUGAUGGUCGUCCAGGCUCGACUUUGCGUCUACUCGUAUUACAAAUCCGCCUGCUGUGCUUCCUGUACCCAGAGUGCUCAGCGGGCCAAAAGACAUUAACCCUACACAGGUUAAAGGACCUGCUCUGGACCUACUGAGAUUCCCUUCAGUCCAACCAGACCUAAAACCAAUCAGUGAUUCGAUCACAAGAGUCAGCCAAUCAGUGGCUAUAUCAGGUCCAACUGGAAUUCCAGGAGAGAAAGCCAACACAUAUUGAACUGAUAUAAGGUCCCCAAAGUGAAAGUUUUUAAAUGCUAUAUGGGCUCUAUAGGCACAACUGACUCCAGGUCUGUGCUCACCAGUAGUUUUCCCCCAAUGAUGAAGACUCUGACUGUACCCUAUACUAUCAGUGAGGAUGCCAAAUAAACCCCAGUGCCUUUAAAUAUUCUCCAAACAAAUGCACUGAUGUCACUAGUCCAUAUUCUGGACACUUAUAUGAAGAGUUUGUCAGUUGCAUUGGAACAAUUCGAGAAGUUGGUUUUACCUAGAGAUAUUAGCUGAAGUGUUUCAUGUAAUUGCGAGUUAGUCGACAUAAUUGGAAUCAGAAUCACUGUUCACUACAUGGUCAAAAGUUUCUGGACACCAGGAUCCAAAAUGGACUUUUCCAUGAACGGGCAAUAUUUGGUGGUUUUGAUAUUAAAUGUUCAACACACUCAUUAAGGAUUAGUGUUUGGGUGCACGCAUACUUUUGGCCAUGAACUGAUCUUCAUUCAAUCUAAAUGCAGGAACUGACUGGGAUGCAGGAUGCAUCUCACAGACUUUUCUCACUUUGUGUACAUAAGAAACAAAUCUAUAGGGUGCACAUAGUCCAAAAGGUUUCAGCAAGUUUGAGACAAAUACACUGUACACAUGAUGUACAAUUACAUAAACAGCCAUUCCCCCUCGAAUACGGUAUUUUCCCUUGUCUCAGACCCCUAAAUCGUACCUCAGAUAGUAGUACUUUUGUCAGAAUGCAUAAAUGCUACAAUAUGUACUCAUUAUGUCUAAAUCUAUCUAAAAUCUUUGGCUUUGUUCAGACAAACUCAAAUCUGUUCAGUUGUUUGUUGUCUGACUAUUCAGGCUACAAGAAAUCCAGUUUUUACAAACCACAUUUUUGUGAUUUUUGGAAAUGUGUCAAUAUGAACGGUCAGAUCAGAUUUCAAGUAUUAUUGUAUUUUUUAUUAUUUGGGACAUGAUGUGUGUGUGAUGUCAUACACGAUGCACAGUAAUGUCAGUAGGAUAUUGAUUACACUGUCGGUCCAAAAGAUCAGAUAGGAUAAAUUAUUUCAAAUUGGUGUGAAAAACAACAUUUUAUUCACAUGUAUUUGUCAUUUCUGCUCUAUAAUGAGGAGAAAGAUGUUAUUUUUGAUCAGCUCUCAGUGUCUGAUUCAGUUGUUGUUCCUUUAAACUAGGCCACAUCAGUCAAUCAGUGUUUCAUGUUUUCUUAUUUGUUGUUGUUUUAAUUUGUUCCCCACAAUGUACAUUUGUAAAAGUCCAUUACUGAAUCGAACUUUUAGAAGCCCUACCAGUUUUAAUGUUGUUGUUAUUAUAAGAUGUAAGAUAUUCUUGCUGUGCAUUCCCUAUUUUUAAUAUAUAAACUACCAAACGCCCUGCUUGUGUAUUAGCAGAAUGCAUUUAGGGCAGCAUUUUUUGUGCUUUGUAUUCAUUGCUUAAGUAAUAAACAUGCAAACAGUAUAGCAUACUUAAUCAUUUUUCAUCCAAUGCAACAAACAAGGCAGGACUGUUCUUCUGGAUCAAGCUGCUUGUCUUAUACAUUCUCCAGCUUUAACCACUAGGCUAGCACAACCUCUUAUGCAAAUGAGCGACUGAAUACAAAAAUAAAUAAUGGCAGAGAUGGGGUGGAUAUCUGGCCCAAAAAAAGACAGUCCUCACUCACUGCAAAAACCUCUAAACUUUGUGUGUGCGUGUGUUUAGUUGUGUCUGAGAGAUUAUGUACAUAUUUUAUAUGUGUAGUAUCACAUACAUCCAGAUAGGUAGCAAAUACCCUUUAUAAGAAUUCAAAAAGAUACUUUUAAAUAAAGCAACAAAUAUAGUGAUUUGUCCAUGAUAAAAUAAAUAUAAUGUAUUAAUUUUUUUCUGAAAUGGAUCAGUUUCUGUUUGGAAAUUCAAGAUCAAUUUGUCGAUGUAAUGAUAUACAUUUAUGUUGCUUUGUUAUGAAGAAAAAAUAAACAUUGUGUACAGACUUUAUCACAAUUAUUAUACAUAAUAAACAAAUCUAAAGCCAGUCUCUACCCUUUUGUCAUCUCAUUUGGCUUCCAAA